UCUCUGGGCGAGAAGGCGUCGAUGAUGGCCUCCACUUUUACCGACGUUGUGAAGCAGGGAUACGUAAGGAUUCGAAGCAGACACUUUCGGAUCUACCAGAAGUGCUGGUUGGUCUUAAAGAAGGCAUCCAGCAAAGGUCCAAAAAGACUGGAGAAGUUUCUGGAUGAACGAGCAGCACGCUUCCACUGUUACCACAAGGUAACGGAGCUGACAAACGUCAGGGAUGUGAAACGGCUCCCCAAGGGCGUGAAGAAGCAUGUGGUUACCGUGGUUUUCAAUGAUGAUUCCUCAAAAACUUUUGCAUGUGAGUCAGAGUUAGAAGCCAACGAAUGGUGCAAACUGCUGUAUGUUGAGUGUUUUGAAAUCAAAAUGAACGAGAUGAAGUUGGCAGAGCCGGAUUUGCUGGCACCUGGUGUCUACAGAGAUGGAAGCGAGCAAUUCCACGUGUUCCUGAUGCCCUGCCAUAACCUGGAUUUCCACGGAGAGUGCGUCCUGCAGAUCACCGCGGAGAACAUCUCCUUGUGGAACGCGCUCGACCCGGGGCUCAAGAUCGUGUCCUGGCCGCUGACGGGCCUUCGCCGUUACGGGCGGGGCCACACGUGGUUUACCAUCGAGGCCGGGAGGAUGUGUGACACAGGGGAGGGCCUGUUCACCUUUCAGACCCGUGAGGGAGAGGUCAUCUACGGGAAGGUCCACGCGGUGGCUGUGUCUGCAGCAGAGCGACACGGCUGGUCGAAUAUCAUGUCUGCAAACACUGGGACACCCAGAGAGAGAUCAUCUCAGCGCCUGGGAACCCGAGCAACGCCCAGACUGCAGUUCACUUAACCG